CUUAAAAUACAUAUAUAUAUUUUAUAUAUAUAUAUAUAAUCGAAAACUCUACGCGUGUACACACACACACUCACACAGGCAGGGAUGUGCGCCUAUAUACACGCGGCGGUAUAAAACACACGGGAGGAGGAGAGACAAUCCAGGGUGAAUUCCUCGUGCCUCCGUUCCCUGGGAAAGGGGGGAGCAGCCGCUGGCAAGCAUCACCCUUCUGUGGCAAGAGGCACCCGAAAGGAAAACUUCUGCAUAUCAAUGCACUGCCAAUGGUGGUGUAAUACCAAGGGCUGUACUGCUGCCACAUCACAAUUUUGUGGGGUUUCAGAGAGUAGUUCUGGGUUGUGUCCUUUGUUGUGACCUCAUGGUUUAACUGGGAAUAAAGAUGAGUAUAAGCAGUGAUGAGGUUAACUUCCUGGUAUAUAGAUACUUGCAAGAGUCAGGGUUUUCCCAUUCAGCAUUUACCUUUGGUAUAGAGAGCCAUAUCAGCCAGUCUAAUAUAAAUGGUGCUCUGGUGCCACCAGCUGCUUUGAUUUCCAUCAUCCAGAAAGGUCUGCAGUAUGUAGAGGCAGAAGUCAGUAUUAAUGAGGAUGGUACCUUGUUUGAUGGUAGGCCGAUAGAGUCUCUCUCACUGAUAGAUGCAGUGAUGCCUGAUGUGGUACAGACAAGACAACAGGCCUACAGAGACAAACUUGCACAACAGCAGGCAGCAGCUGCUGCAGCUGCAGCCGCCACCAACCAACAGGGAUCAGCGAAAAAUGGAGAAAAUACUGCAAAUGGAGAGGAGAACGGAGCACACACUAUAGCAAAUAAUCACACGGAUAUGAUGGAAGUAGAUGGAGAUGUGGAAAUCCCUCCCAACAAGGCAGUGGUGCUGCGUGGCCACGAAUCCGAAGUGUUCAUCUGUGCCUGGAAUCCCGUUAGUGACCUUUUGGCCUCAGGAUCCGGUGAUUCGACAGCGCGGAUAUGGAACCUCAGCGAGAACAGCACGAGCGGCUCCACGCAGCUGGUGCUGCGGCACUGCAUCCGGGAGGGGGGGCAGGAUGUGCCCAGCAACAAGGACGUGACAUCGCUGGACUGGAACAGUGAAGGUACACUUCUAGCAACUGGGUCAUACGAUGGCUUUGCAAGGAUAUGGACUAAAGAUGGUAAUCUUGCCAGCACCUUAGGGCAACAUAAAGGUCCUAUAUUUGCGUUAAAAUGGAACAAGAAAGGAAACUUCAUUUUAAGUGCAGGAGUGGACAAGACCACAAUUAUUUGGGAUGCCCACACUGGCGAAGCCAAGCAGCAGUUUCCUUUUCAUUCUGCACCAGCAUUAGAUGUUGAUUGGCAGAGUAACAACACAUUUGCCUCUUGCAGUACAGACAUGUGUAUUCACGUUUGUAAAUUAGGACAAGAUAGGCCCAUCAAAACCUUCCAAGGUCACACAAAUGAAGUAAAUGCAAUCAAAUGGGAUCCAACUGGUAAUCUGCUGGCAUCCUGCUCUGAUGACAUGACUCUAAAGAUCUGGAGUAUGAAACAAGACAGUUGUGUCCAUGAUUUACAAGCACACAACAAAGAAAUUUAUACUAUCAAAUGGAGUCCUACAGGACCAGGAACAAAUAAUCCAAAUGCCAAUCUUAUGUUAGCAAGUGCAUCCUUUGAUUCUACUGUUAGGUUAUGGGAUGUAGACAGAGGAAUUUGUAUUCAUACUCUGACAAAACAUCAAGAACCUGUGUACAGUGUAGCUUUCAGUCCUGAUGGCAGGUACCUGGCCAGUGGCUCCUUUGAUAAAUGUGUACACAUCUGGAAUACACAGACAGGUGCCCUAGUUCACAGUUAUCGGGGAACAGGAGGGAUUUUUGAGGUUUGCUGGAAUGCAGCAGGCGACAAAGUUGGAGCAAGUGCUUCAGAUGGUUCAGUUUGUGUAUUAGACCUCCGGAAAUAGCGCUCUUAGUUGGAAGCCAUGGACCGACUAUGAAUGUGUACAUAGCCAAAAUGACUGUCCCUGACCCAUGUACUGCUAUAGUCCCAAUCGAACCAUGGCCAGUCCACUACAGCCAAAUGUAAAAGAAAUAUAUACAUAUACUGUAUAUAAAAAAAAAAAGAGGAAAAAAAAAAAAAAAAGAGGAGGAAAAAAAUUUACACCCUGAAGAGGAUGACAGAGUUUUGUCACAGCUUGUGAAUCCUGUUCACCAAGUGCUGGAAUCUGCUGUGCCCCAAAAUAACAUUUAAAGGUUUUGGAUAUGAAAAACAGAAGAGAGCGAGAGAGAGAGAAAUAUACCAUAUACAAGAGCAGACCCAUAUACAUACCAAAAUCAGAAGAUACUAAUGGCAGCCUUCAUUACCCCUUCCCCCAUGAAAUCCACUCUCACGUGGAUUUGUGGGGUAUUUUUGUUUUCCUUCUCAGUAGUUGAGCAGUUUGUGUGUACAGAGAAAAUGGACUUACAGAAAUCUGCAGCAGUAGUUUUUUUUUUUUUCUUUGCUUUUAAUCAUUGGGUUUUCUGUUUUGUUUUGGUUAAGUUUACGGAUGCAUGAAGUAAGGGAGUGAUUUAGUUUCUUGUUUAUAUUUUUUCACCUUGGGAAAAAAAAAAAAAGGCGUUUCUUUGAAACAUGUUUUGAUGCAUUCUUUGAAGAGGUAGUUUGAACCUGAUAAUGUUUGGUACAUUUUGUGGCUCCCAGAGCACAAUUUUGUGAACAGAGGGAGGGUGGCAAAGGGACUAGGGAGAGAGAAGAAAAAAAAAAAUCCUUCUUUGCAGCGUGAUAUUUCACGUACUUCUCAUCUACAAAGUAGGAUGGAAAUGGUUAUAAUGCUAUGUUUGAUUUUCUGGUGACAUGGCUGAAAUGCAGUAAUUUCUUAUUUGGGACAUAAUUCUGCCAAACUUAAGAACAGAAGGGCACAAAAACACAGAAAAAGAAAAAAAAAAAUAAACAGGGAGGCAAAAAAAAGAAAAGAGAGAAAAAAAUAAAGAGCAUCUUCUGUUGCUUUAAGACCAUAGAUAAAAUAUGGUUAAAUUGUGCACUAUUGUGAAAAGGAGCAAAGUAUAGCUGGGGGAUUUUGUUUAAGAGGUUAAGAUCUUUCUGGACAAGGGUUCAUGCCACAGCUUCUUUGAGAGUUGCCCAUCAUUAUUUGUAGGAGCUUAGAUGUAUAAUUGUAACCAAACUCCAGUAUUAAAAGUAUUUCAUGUAAUUUUUCUUUGUUAAAAUAAAAUCUUUGGCAUAUAUUUGAUAACACUGCCAUUAAGAGGCAAAAUGUUUACUACCUUAGAUUUAAAAAAAAAAAAAUCUUAAACAGAGGACUUGCUUCAAGUUUAUUUUAAUAGCAGUGAUUCAGCUUAUUUAAAAGAUGAGUACUUGCACUAAUUCCCCUGCUGCUCUGGUCCUGCAGUUUAUUGUAUCUUGUGACUACAUUUUUUUCCAAAUAUAGGGUAGAUGUAAGCUGCUAUUUUUUUAAUAAUCACUACUAUAUAGUGUCUUUUACUCUGUUUACAAUAUCAAGUAUUUUUCUUACAAUGACAGAUGUAUAUGGCAAACCUUUUUCUGCUCAUGUGAUUAAAAGUAUACUAAUAGUGAUUUUAUUUGUAAAUGAUAGCAUGAGGUUGUGUUUAUGCGUAUGUGUAGUCGAAAAGGUUGCAUCAUGUCUUGCAUAAGAUUCCAAGAGUGUAAAUUUAUAAAAAGAGAGGUUGUCAAAUUUAUGUCACAGACAUUUUACUUAAGGAAUGGUUUAUAUUACAGAGCUUUGCGAAGUUAUCGGUUUUAUAACACUAUUUCAAUCACAAUUAAUUUUGUGGCUUAUGAUUGUUAGUCUCUAACCUAUUUUUUUAUUCGUUUGGGGUUUCCCCCCCCCCCCUCCUCCAAGUUAAGUAUAAAUUCAUUUAAUUGAGAUAAUGCAGCUUUGACAUUUUAACCGUUGUUCUUUAGGCAUCGAUUUCUGCUAUUUCCCUGAAAUAAACACGACUUGAAGCAAGUCUGAGUUUGGCUAAGGUAGGGUAGCAAUUUGCCAGUGGUAAAGACAAAUCAACAAUACAUUGUUUAUGUGCACCCCAGGAUUAUACUGCUAUCAUACACAGCGUUUAAAACCAACACCAAGUCAUAUCCAUAAAGACAGUUAUCCAUGGUGGUUCUGUGCCAGCUGUUUUUAGGGUUUUGGAACAUAUUGCAAAUGUUUAGAGCAAUUACCCUGUGAGUUACAAUAUGUAGGAAACCUAAUAUAUUGAGUGUCUGGCACUUGAAAUAUUGCUUUUAUUGCUGGAGGUCCAUGACUGUGGCUGACCUCUGUCAUUUAAUGAAAAAAAAAUAAUGAAAAUAAAAUAAAAAUUCUGUGCAAUAAUUUUAAACUGUGCUCCCAGGAAUAGACACAAAUGUUUUGAGUAUGUUUAAGCUGCAUUUUUUGUUUAGCAAUGCAUUUGUCAAUUGCACUGAAUUUAAAUCUGAAAGUCAGAAGUGAUUCUUGAUAGUACUUUUGUAUUUUAAUAUGGACAGUUUAUUCAUUUUUCAUAAAAGUCAUUGGAUGAUUCUUUCAGCCAAUCUAAACAAUUGCGGUGGAAUUCUGUGACGUAGCUGCAAAAAAAAUCACACGGCCAUGUUUUAGGGUAUUGCCAUUUUCCUCUUUCUCAAUCAUCAGCUGUUUCGGUUGUAAUUCUAGUUGCUUCAGCAUAGCGUCACACACUCAGAAAUAGAGAACACCAGAGCUUCAGCGUGUCCAGGCCAGGGCUGUCAGGUGUGGGUCCGGCAGGAACGUCGGCUCCGGCCGCGCGGGCAGAGCCCCUGCCCCGCUGAGGGCCAGCGGUGCCCGCUGCCCUGGGGCCAGCCCGGCCUCCCCAAGCCGAGCUCCGGCCGUAGCUGUGUCCAGCUGUCCUGCCUCGCAUGCCACAGUGCUGCUCCUGCUCCCGCGCGCCGGGCGCUGCCACCCCGCCAACCAAAAACCAGACAAAACCGCCACAGAGCCGUGACGUGAAUCGCCGUCUUUUCUAGCACAAAGGCCUCGUGUUCCAGGCUGGGGUAAGACUGUCCAAAUUGCUCCUUUCAAAGGGGAAGCCAAACGGCAGCAAGGCCCUGACUUUGUGUGGCGUGUACGUACGUGCUCGGUCUUACGGAUGGAGUCAUUCCCGUUUUUAUCAGUUCAGAGCGGUAACAGGCAAAUAUCCAAACAGAGGAUAAAAGGAAGGGGAAAAGCUGGGCUCAGAAUUAAUGAUGGGAUAAGAAAUGAACUGCUCUUGAGUUCGCUGUCUUUCUGUGCGUCCAUCUCGGACCCCCGUUUCUCAUUUUUGCAUGACCGGAUCCAGGUUUCUGUAGAGUUUGUCUUUUUCUAUUUUUACUUUACCUUUUUCUGCAUUUUUAAAUUGAUGUAAAGAUUCCCAACCAGUGGACUUUUUAGUGUAGUUAAGAGAAUAUCUAGGUCUUCAUAAAAGCUUUUUUAGACUCUUUGUAAUGUUGAUAAACUGAGUUUAUUCUGGGACUACCAUUGUGCAGGGUUAUUUAGCAUGUCUACUAGAUGAUUGGAAAUCUUAUAUGAAACACUAAAAGUGCCUCUUUUUCUUGGGUUGGGUGGAGGGGAGGUAGUAGUUACCAGAGUCAGAACGACAUGGCAUUUCAAAGCAUGUUUCUUGAUUUCGUGACACUUUAAUGCAUCUUGAGAGAAAGGCCAAAGAUUUCUACCGAUUUUAAUUGAUUUUCAUUUUAAAAAGCACUCCUUUUUCCUUGCACUGCUUACCUCAUGCUAGGGCGUCUGAUGGGGCGUGGUACCUUGGGAAUGCCCUUUGUUUUUAGGGACAGCAGUGGGGUGGCACAGGGCAGCCGUGCCGGUCUGCCAGUGGAGCGACCCUGGCAGCUGUCGCGUUUAAUUCUGCCAUGGGAAGGAGAUUCCUUACCGCUGCAAACCGGGGGUUUCAGCCUGUAAAUGCAAGGUUGUCUGGUUUUGUCUGUUCAGCGAAGAGGGGAGCCCUGGGACCUGAUUUGUACUUCACCAGAAAUCCCUCUGUGUCGCUUCUCGAGGAACCCUUGCCAGGGCGAGUGCCAGAGGCGCCGGGGCCGUGCUGAACCCCUGCUGUGGAUAAACUUGAGCCACGUCCCCCUCGAGCCGAGGGUACCCCGGUGUCCCUGGGGUUUUGCCAGAGCAGGGCCUGCUGGAUUUAGCCCAGUUCCUUUUUUUGGCUCCCUUCCCAAAGCCCUGUAGAGCCAUUCCCCGGUGGGAUCACUUCCACCCCUCUCCAGACGCCUGAAGAAAGCAGAAGCAACAUUGUGGCAUGUUAGAAGCAAAUACGGCUUCGGGAGACAGCAGUAAAUCUCCAUCAAGAUCCCUGACAUUUUCCAUAGGGAGAGAGACAUGGAGCAGUCCUCACUUCUCCCUCUAGAGAAAGCUCUGAAAUACCACGAGCUGUGAAAGUGUGACUGUCUUCACUUGUCAGUCUGGUGGGAGGCAGACGAACCACGAAAAUCUGCCGUGUUGAGUGGAUUGCAGAUUUAGUGUUAAUAGUGCUUCAGAUCAGUAGUUUUGAGUACAUAAUUCGCUUUCUCUGCCUUUAAGUUUGAAGCUUGACAAUAACUUGAGGCACGUUUUUGUUUUGUUUUGGUUGGUUUUGUUUUUUUUUUAUUUUUAAAUAAUCAUUCAUUUUUACUUCAUAAUGUUUUUUGACAUUUGUGGGUAAAUACAAAAAAACAGUCUGCAUGUUGUUGCUAGUCCAGUGUACUUUGCAAUCUUGUCCUCAACAGACUGCAGUGUGCAGAACAGUAAUUCUAGAAUACAGAAGUAAUCUUCUCUCUCUCCUGACAUUGACAUUGUAGUUGUAAUGGUUUCAUUUGGAGUUACAAAUCCUUUGGGUCUAAUUCUGUGAGCCUACCUAUAGCACUGGAUUAAAAUGUCUGCAUCAUUUCUUCAGUUACCCAGUUAAACUACAACUGUUGUAAAAGUGUAAAUCAGCCCAUGACAGUUUUUUGUACUUGUUUAAAGGACUUUUAUUGUUCAGUUUUCAUGAUUAUUGUCUAAAGAAGACUGAUAUAGAUGUUCUAUACUGUCCUGGACCAUGUUAAUUACACUUUAUGAUGUAUUUUGGUUCUACAUCACAAUGAUUUGUCCCCAAGGCCCUUAUAUCCCUUCUAGGCACAUUUUCUGUUGCAGUUUCCCUUUGCAUUGUAUUGCUUUGACAACUGUAAUUUGAAUCAGAUCUGAAAGAGGUCCAGAAUAAAAUAUAUUUUGAUAUUA